UCUGUGUUUUAUGAAUACUAUCAGUCAAUACACACCUCUCUAUCAAAACACUCCUCUUAUUAUUCCUCCUCUUCUUCUUCUUCUUAUUCAUUCAUAAACUAUUUCUUUACCACAAAUUCAUUCAUUCAGUCAUUGAAUUGAUUUGCCAUUAAGCAGGUCUUCAGCUGCUAUUUGUCUAGUCAUCUCUUAUAAGAAGAGUUUAAGAAGUGUCCAAAAAAAACACAAGAAGUGGUUUUUGAAAGAGAGAGAAGACAUAUCAAAUGUCAUCGACAAACAACAACAACGAUGAGGACGACAAAAACAAGUCAUCACUAGAAGACUCGACAAAAGUCAAUGUCUUAGUCAUCGAUGGUGCCAACGAUAGUGAUAGUUGUUAUGUUGUGUCCAACAAUAAAAACAACGACAACAACACAGAUGAAGAGGAAGAAGGUCUGAACCAAAAUAAUAAUAAUAAUAAUAAUGACCAUCAAAAUGACGAUCAACAACAACAACAACAGUUAUCCUCCUCUUCGUCGUCUAAUUCAUCGCCUGAGAGGACAAUAGGCGGCGAGUUUGUUGCCAAAUACGAUGUCUAUUUGGGUCGCAGUGUCACCAAAAACGGAUCCGUUGUACUGAUUAGCGUCGAAUCGAUUCGUACGGAAGACAAACGCCAGUUCCGAGUUCAGCGACAGUACGAAGAUUUUGAAUAUCUUCAUCACUGUCUGAUUACUGCCCAGAAACUUGACGGCCUAAUUGUACCGCCGCUACCCGACAGACCGCCAAUAGAGCCCGAAUUAGCCCAACAAAAGUCACGCCGAGAGAUGGGCACCGAUUCCAAGACACUGAUUGGCGACGAAUUCAACAAAGACUGUUGGUUUCUGCAAUACUAUCUGAGACUAAUGGUUAAACAUCCGGUAUUCGGUGCCAAUCCCGCUAUCGACCGAUUCUUGACCCGCGACGAAGCCCCAGCCCGACCUAAACUUCGUUCGGGUCAAGGAUUUCUAUCGUUGAUCACCAAUUCGUUUGACAAUUGGAAGCACAGUCACAAAGAUUGCGACGAAUUCUUUCAGAAAGAACGCGAUUUUGUCAACGAAUACUCACUGUAUCUGAAAGAGUCGUCCGAUUCUCUCAAUGCCAUUAUCUAUGGCCGCCGAAAGCUAUGUGAAGUACUGUCCCAUUUGUCUGCAACAUUGAAUCUGAAUCUUUGCAACGACAACAACAGCGAUAAUCAUCGGAAAUCCAUUAAAUUCUGUAAUCUCUUUUCCCGAGGACUCGAUGACUAUCGUCACUGUCUGGACGUUGUCUCACAUAACGAUGAGGUAACACUGGGUAAUACAAUGAACUAUUGGCACCGGUAUCACGAAUCGCACAAAUCGAUGCUAUUCAAGCGUACGACUCUGCAGAUUGAUUACGAAACGGCUAACCGAUUGCUGGAUAAGGCAUCGAAACAGACGGCCAGUAAACGCCAGGACGCCGAACUGGCCAAACGUGAAGCCGAAAAAGCGUUCGACGAGUGCAGCGAAUUGGCCAGAAUUGAAAUCAAACGAUUUCAUCGCCAGAGGAUUGAGGCCAUUGGCCGACAUAUGCGAUCGUUUGCCGAAUCACAGCUCUGUGUCGCCAAAGAUAUGCUAUGCGUUCUUCACAAUUCAGUACAACAAUUGAAACAAUUUGAUAUAUAAUUAAUUAAUUAAUUAAUAAUAACUAACUAUAAC